GUUCGCUAUGCAUGGUGGUCCUCAGGGGCCAUGAAAAAUGGAUGAGAAUGAUGCUUUGGAAACAGAUACUGAAAGUAAAGAUGAAUUGGAAAGUAGAAAGGCUCAAGAAGUUAUAGGCCUACUAUUACAGAAACCUGAGGACAACAGUGAGACAUUACAACAAGUCAACUUUUCUGUUGUUGAAAAAGCUGUCCCAGACAAUUCAAAUUCAUCUGUAAGAGUUUCUGUUGCGCGGUCAGCAUUGAACAUUUGUCACGUUUCAUUAACAGAAGCUGGUAUGUUGUUGGAAUCUGGUGAUAUUAUUCAACAAUCCUUAGGCAAUGCAUCUUCAUCUAUGCACUUAGAAGAUAAUACUCCUACGUUCGUGCAAUGUUAUGAACCAAUUGAUGAAUCGGAUAAUGGUGAUGUGGUGGCAAAAUUCAUCGAUGGUCAACCUGUUCAAUUGGAAGAUGGUACCACAGCAUUUAUCCAUACGUCUCCAAGAGAAGGACUGCAGCCUGUGCAAUUGGAAGAUGGCACAAUGGCAUAUCUAUCUCAAAGUACUGCCGAGCUUUUCAAUGGAGAGGCUUCUACUUUAGAUUUAGAAAACAUUGCUUCAUCUGAGGUUUGUACAUAUGUUCAUGAACGAUCUCACACAGGCGAUAGGCCAUUCAAAUGCACUAUAGGCGAUUGUGGAAAGGCUUUUGCUACUGGCUACGGACUUAAAAGUCACACCAGGGUUCAUACUGGAGAGACUCCUUAUAAGUGCUGUGAUGAAACUUGUCAAAAGGCCUUUAAAACAUCUGGAGACUUGCAAAAACAUGUGCGAACUCAUACAGGUGAAAGACCAUUUAAAUGCCCAUACAAUGGCUGUGAUAGAGCUUUUACUACAUCGAAUAUUAGAAAAGUCCAUAUAAGAACACAUACAGGAGAGAGGCCUUAUAAGUGUGAGGAAGAAGGAUGUGGGCGAGCAUUCGCUAGUGCAACAAACUACAAAAACCACAUUAGAAUUCAUACAGGAGAGAAACCUUAUGUUUGUAAUGUUACUGGCUGUAACAGGAGAUUUACAGAAUACUCGAGUCUUUAUAAGCAUCAUGUUGUACAUACGCAUUCAAAGCCUUACCUUUGCAGCCUAUGUGGGAAAACCUAUCGGCAAAUAUCAACUUUAGCAAUGCACAAAAGAACAGCUCAUGGAGUUAUUGAGCAGAAUGAUAGUGAUCUAAUUUUGACUGCUGAAGAAAAACCUUCUGAAUCGGAAAUUUCAGAACCUGAAACUUCAGAACCUAAAAUCAAAAUUGAAAAUUCUAAAUCUCUGAAGAUACAAGAUGAUUGUGUCGUGAAGAAAAAAGACCAUAAAAGUGUACUUAAAACUAAUAGUGGAUCGUCUGGGUCAUCUAGUGCAAAUUCAUCUAUAAGUAAAAACUUACCUACUAUAGUGACUUUGCAAAGUGAUCAUUCUAAUCAAGUAUUGCAUGAGCAGCCUCUAUAUGCACUUCAAGUCACGGAAGAUGGCUCGACCACCAUGCAACAGAUUGUAUUGGUUACUGAUCCUGCACAAAUAGCAGCUUUUCAGCAGCUUGCACAACAGGGACAACUCAAUGCUGUUAUAGCUUCGGCCGAUGACAGCUCAGCGUCUGAAAACACUUAACUGAUCAUUAAGUCAUGCAAAAAUCCUUUUUCCUCUUAAGCCGAAUAGUUGCCUUUUUUUAAGAAUGAAAGUUGAAUUGUUCAAGAAACGAAUGUAUAUAAUUAUAAAUCUAGUUGUAACUGUAUACUAGUCAUAUUUUGACUUCUAACUAAUAAAUUCUUCUCCGUUAUUUGUU